AAAAAAAAUAAAAAAUAAAAUGACCCCAAUUUUUGGAAAUUUUUUUAUCAACGUCCCUUGCAAUUUCACGAAGUAAUAAUGUUGUGUUUGGUGAGUUUCGUUUGGUGGUUGUAGUGCCGGGUGUGACUGUAGCCACGAUCGAUUUUUGAAAACUGUAGGUUAUGUUUUGGUUUUGUAGAAAAAAAUAAAGCCACAUUACGCGUUUUUCGUGAUAAGAGUGUGGUGUUUCGUCAGUGCGUGUUUUCUAUAAACUCCGGAAAUGUUUGAGUAGUUUCAUGCCGAGUGGGCCAACACGUGUAUAACCUUCAAAAUGGACUCAAAAUACAGUUUAAUAGGGAACGGCAAUAAACUGAACAUUUCUCAGUUUAAGAUUAAGCCGAAACCCACCCCCAUUCUGUUCAACAGACGGAACGGUCCGUCCUCUCCCAAAAAAGUCAAACUGAACGAUAGUGAAUCAAAGCCAAGUUUAGCCAACGGGAACAAGUUCAAAAUAAGUAUACAGGAGCAAAGAACCAAACUGCCUGUUUACGACAAGAAGAACAAACUGUUGGAUUUGAUAAAAAGACACAACACUUUGAUUAUUUUGGGCGAAACUGGGAGCGGGAAGACCACGCAAAUUCCCCAGUAUAUUAAUUCCGCGAGGCUGCAGAAUAAUGGGAAGAUUGCAAUCACGCAACCUAGAAGGGUGGCUGCGGUUAGUAUCGCGACAAGGGUUGCCCAAGAAUUCGGAAAUGGACAAACUGUGGGAGAUACGGUGGGGUACACAGUCAGAUUUGAGGACGUAACGUCGAAAAGGACCAAAAUUAAAUAUCUCACCGACGGCAUGUUACUUAGGGAGGCAAUGUUUGAUAAUUUGCUCAUGGAAUAUACGGUCAUUAUUUUGGACGAGGCUCACGAACGGACAAUAAACACUGAUGUUUUGUUCGGAAUCGUCAAAAAUGCACAAAAAGUUAGAGAGAGUCGGAAUUUGGAACCUUUAAAGAUUAUUAUCAUGUCUGCGACAAUGGACGUUGACCACUUUUCGAAGUACUUCAACAAUUGUCAAGCAGUAUAUCUUGAAGGACGAACAUACCCUGUUAACGUUUUUUACACCGUGAAACCACAUGACGAUUAUCAGACGGCAUCCGUUGCCACUUUUUUCAAAAUUCACAGAGAAGCACCCGCAAACCACGAUGUUUUGAUUUUUUUAACGGGUCAGGAAGAAAUCGAAGCUGUGGCUCACCAAAUAAGAGUCCUUAGUAAAGACCCCGAAGUUGAGGGCCCCCCCGUGAGGGUGUGCACUCUAUAUGCGGCACAGCCCAGUUCGCAACAAAUGACUGUCUUUAACCCAUCACCCCAAAAUUUGCGGAAAGUUAUAAUCAGCACAAAUAUAGCCGAGACCAGUGUCACCAUCACGGGGAUUAAAUACAUUAUCGACAGUGGGAUGGUUAAGGCUAGGACGUAUCACCCCGCCACUGGCUUAGAGCUGCUCAAAGUGCAGCGGAUAUCUCAGGAGCAGGCCUGGCAGAGGACGGGCCGAGCAGGCCGUGACUCUGAAGGCACUUGCUACCGGCUCUACACCCGAUCUCAAUUCGAGAUGAUGCAAAAAUCGACGAUUCCGGAAAUACAACGUGCGAAUCUCACUUCCGUCGCAUUGCAACUUCUCGCAUUAGACAUCCACGCCUUGUAUUUUGAUUUCAUGGAUAAACCGCCAGAAGAUGCAAUAACUACAGCUUUUGAACAGUUGAAAUUAUUAGGUGCGAUAGACAACGUCGAGUCUAGCAGUUUGACAAGUUUAGGGGAACAAAUGGUCAAAUUCCCACUUGACCCUCGAUUUAGUAAAAUAUUACUUUCGGCCUCGAAUUUUGGCUGUUUGGUUGAAGUAUUAACGAUAGUAUCGCUACUGAGUGUUGAGUCAAUUCUACUCAGUCCACCCAAUAAACGAGAACAAGUACAAAUGAUCCGCCAGAAAUUCUUCUCGGCCUAUGGGGACCACAUUACCCUUUUAAACAUCUACAGGGAGUUUAGUAAUGUGGGCCAGAACUGUCGAAGUUGGUGUCAUGAGCACUACAUUAACAUGAGGAAUAUUUUGCAAGCGAGGGAAGUCCGCUCGCAAUUGGAGGAAAUUUGCACUAGGGCGGGGCUUACUCUUUCAUCGUGUGGCAGCCAGAUGGAGCAAGUUAGGAGGUGUCUUUUGACCGGUCUUUUUAUGAACGUUGCCGAACUUCACAGGGAUAGGCAAUAUAUUACACUUGAUAAAAGACAAGUGGUCUCUAUUCACCCUAGUUCUGUCUUGCAUGGCCAACAACCCCAUUUUGUGUUGUUCACAGAGGUUGUACAAACGACAAAGCGCUAUUUGAGAUUAUUGUCAACGGUCGAAGGGGAAUGGUUGCAGGAAGCAGCGCCCGAUUAUUUCAGAACACACAGUAUAAAAUGUGCCAGAGAGAGUUGAUGUAAUAAAUAAAACUACUAUUCCAUUAUGUUCUUUUGAACGUGUGUUCAGUUUAGCUGUAGAUCAUUAUGUGUUAUUAUUUUUACUUGUUAUUAUGGCCAUUAUAUUGUAUAUUUUUAUGAAA